AUGUCAGACGCAGGCAUAGUGUCCAGGGGCAUCUUACAGCAGGUGGGCGAAGGGAGCCAAAAUCCACACCCCAGUUUGUCUAUAGAGCAUCUUCUACACGAAAACACUGCAUUGAAGUCAAAACUCGCUCUAUCUGAGGACCAACGUGUGAUUGAAAACAUCACAAGGCAUCAGCUCCAGAACUUCCUCAUCACAGCUACACAAAGGCAACCGCUAUGGAACUACGGACCGCAUACCACCACGACGUCUCUUUCGGUAGCACUUCAAAAGUUGUGUGAGGAAAAGGCUGAGCUGGAAGCGGAGUUGCAGCGCACCCGAAUCGAAACCACACAAACGCUAAACCACCGCAUCAACGAACUGGAGCAGGAGCGAAAGGUGUUGCAAACACGCCUGCAGGAGUUUGAAAUGCGCGUCAAUGACAUUCCUCCGCGUCCGUAUGCAGUGGAAUUGGAUCAACUUCGUCAGUCGGAGGAGCUGCUGCGUCAGCAACUGAAGUUCGCACAGGAAGAAAACGUCGUGAUGGUGGAUAGACUCAAGGGGGUCCUUGCAGAGGAAUUGGCGGUUCUACCAACGCACAUAGAGAAGGCUGAGGCGGCCCAAGCUGCCCUGCGGGAGUCACAUAGAUUGCGGGCGUACUUGGAGGUGGAGAUCGAAGAGCAAAGAAAACGGUUUGAAAUCCUCCAUGAGUUGCAAGAAUCUAGGGCUGAGGAUGCGCGUCUUUUCCACCAACAGGAAACGCUAGUGUGGCAACAACUACUCGGAGCUGCCUUGGAACGUGAGCGCAUCUUGUUAAAUGAGAGGGCAGCAUUUGAAGUGCAGGCUGCUGCAGCGGCCCAACGACAAGUCGAUGAAUCCAAGUCAGUGCACGACAGUGUCAUCAUACAAGGAGAAGGAUCCUUCGCGAUAAAGCGGACACGGGUGGAAACUAGUCAGAACCCGCAGUCUGAUGAAUCAAUUCGAACGAGAUAUGUCCGUUUUUGGCACGACGGACACGCGCGCGUUGCUGCACUGGAGCAGCGCGUUCAUGAACUAGAGUCUACUGAAGGGGCCACCCGUGUUUUGCAGGGACGCAUAGCGCAAUUCGAGCGCGAGCGUACAAAUCUGACUGUGCAGCUUGUCAAUCUGGCUGACGCCUUGAGCGAGGUCCGCGAGACAAAUCAUCAGCUCCGGGCACAAUACGUUGGUCUGGAGGUAGAGCGAGAUCAGCUACUUGCACGACUGACCGAAGCGCUUGGGGGGACAAUGCAACACGAUGAAUUGGUGGCGUGCUCAAGUGCAAUUCGAGAGGCCGCGUCGCGUCAGUCUGCCGCGAGUGCGACAACCAUCACAGAUCCUGAGGGUCUCCAGCAAGCGAUGCGACAAACGCGCGAACUGAAGAACGAGAUUGUCCAAUUGCAGCGCCAAAAAGAGAACUUACUCCGCUGCAUUACCCUACGCGAGGACCGUGUUGAAGCAAUGCUUAAACGUGAGGCGAUGCUGGUUGUGGAGGGAUAUGCACCUAGCACAGCCCAGGUGGGGGACGAGACAUUCCCUUUAACGAACUUUUUGGAGCUUGUAGAGCGAAGCGCCAAGGAUAUUUUCGCGGCGAAUGAAGCGUGCGCAUGUGAUCCCCCCGGCAAUAUUCAUCUCGCGCCAGAACCAAAAGGCGUGAGUCGCCAUCACGGGAUCUUUCUUAGAAUCCAACAAGAUCUCAAUGAGAGCCAGAUGAGGCUCCGUGACUUGUAUCUUAAACUGCAGGAAAGCAACGCCAAGUGCCAGCACCUAACUGCAGAUCUUGUGCGCGCUGAGGCUGAGAGAGUCGAACUUCUGUUCUCAAAAAAUACCAUCGAAGAUGCCUUACGGACUGCGAACGCGGCAAUCGAAAGUCUAACGAACCGUCUUGCAAGCCAGCAUACGGAGUACGAUUCGAUUCUCACGCUUCAGAAGCAAACACAGACGGCGUUCGCCUGUGUGUUCGAGCUGUAUCGAGAGGAAACACAACUUGUCGAAGGACUACGUGCCCUUGUGCAGCAAGAGCGAGAAGAUAUUAUCGAACUAGUUCGUCGGGAAACCGAAGCUUGGCUGGGCGCCAAUGAUGGAGCCACCCAUGAGCAAUCUGUGGACAUAAAACCUAUCAUAGACGCACUCGAGCGCCUGAAUAAAUCCAUGCAGGACGACGUAACACAGGCUAUGCUAAACAAUAGCGCGGAAUCAACAAAGUGUCUGGCAACGCUCGUAGAGUCCGUGAAGGAUCAAGAGGAGCGCCUUGAUUGUAUUCAGAAAGCGUAUACCGAGUCAGCCACGCAACUAGCGACUUCCCUUGCGGAGCGCAUCAUCAACGCGAAGUCCCAAUGGGAAAGUCAGUGGCGCGACAAGCAUCUCGCCCUGGAGCACGAGUGUGCAAAGCAAUCCCUGCAUUCCUACGCCACUCGAAAGGUUCACGAAGCUUUAGAACAAGUUGCUGUCGAAAUGAAUACAAGCGUAAACACCCCUUCGCGGAGUUCAACCUCUUUACAAGAAACAGUCACACCGCAUAGUGCGGACGCAAAAAAUGGGGAGUGCGCCUUGACUGCGAUAAGCGUCUUCUUAAAUAAUUUGAAAGGCAGCGUAAAAAAUCUAAAUUAUCCCAACGAGCGGGAUCCCGAAAGCUUACCCGUCAACAGAGCAUCCAGUAUGAUAACGUCAAAUGAAAAUAAAGACAGAACAAUUUGA